CGCCUCGCCUCUCCUGUCCUCUCGCCUCGCGCCCCAACGCUCACCUCACGCGUUUCGCGGCACUCGGAAGAUCUGCCUCGCCUCGGCUAGCCGGCAGCACGGCACAGCGCCGCCCCGCCCGCCCAACACCGCCGCACGCGCCGCGCGCCGCUCCUUCCCGACAGCCACAUGUCUGCCUUUGCCGCCACCGCCAUCCGCCGCCUCUCCCAAACACAGCGCAUCAUGUCGCAGAUCAACGACGUCUACAUCCUCUCGGCCGCGCGCACGCCCGUCGGCUCGUUCAACGGCGCGCUCAAGAAGCUCAGCGCGCCGGCGCUCGGCGUCGUCGCCGUCAAGGCGGCCAUCGAGCGCGCGGGCCUCAAGCCCGAGCAGAUCGAGGAGGUGUACAUGGGCAACGUGCUGCAGGGCAACGUCGGCCAGGCGCCCGCGCGCCAGGUCGUGCUCGGCGCCGGCUGCCCCUACUCGACCGAGGCAACGACGAUCAACAAGGUCUGCGCCAGCGGCAUGAAGGCCAUCAGCCUCGCCGCGCAGAACAUCAUGCUCGGCCAGCGCGACAUCAUGGUUGCCGGCGGCAUGGAGAGCAUGAGCAACGCGCCCUACUACGCCCCGCGCGGCGCCACCUUUGGCCACCAGCAGCUGCUUGACGCCAUCGUCAAGGACGGCCUGCACGACGUGGAGAACCAGGUGGCGAUGGGCAACUGCGCCGAGAACACGGCCAAGGCGCAGUCCAUCACGCGCGAGGACCAGGACGCGUACGCCAUCGAGUCGUACAAGCGCGCCGCCGACGCCUGGAAGGCCGGCGCGUUCAAGAACGAGAUCGCACCCGUCGUGAUCGCCGACAAGAAGGGCGACGUGACCGUCUCCGAGGACGAGGAGUACAAGAACGUCAAGCUCGAGAAGAUCCCGACGCUGCGCCCCGUCUUCGACAAGAACGGCACCGUCACCGCCGCCAACGCCUCGACGCUCAACGACGGCGCCUCGGCCGUCGUGCUCGCCAGCAAGUCGGCUGCUGACAAGCUCGGCGCCAAGCCGCUGGCCAAGAUCAUCUCCUUUGCCGACGCCGCAUGCGCGCCCAUCGACUUCCCGAUCGCGCCGGCGUACGCCAUCCCGGCUGCGCUGAAGCGUGCCGGCCUGGAGAUCAAGGACAUCGCCCGGUUCGAGAUCAACGAGGCCUUCUCCGCCGUCGCCAUCGCCAACAACAAGAUCCUGGGCCUCGAUGCGUCCAAGGUCAACGUGCUCGGCGGCGGUGUGUCGCUCGGCCACCCGAUCGGCUCGUCGGGCUGCCGCAUUGUCGUGUCGCUCGCCCACCAGCUGCAGCCGGGAGAGUACGGCUGCGCGGGUGUCUGCAACGGUGGCGGCGGUGCUUCGGCCAUUAUCAUCCAGCGCAUCUAAGCCAGAGUUGUCAGAGGGGAGACGUCGCUGUGAGGGCUCAGAC